UCGUCGAAAGAGCGAGCGAAGCUCGCCGAGACACGAGCAAGAUUGUGAUGUUCAUCACGGCUAGAGCUGCGCACGCUCGUUCCAAGUGUUGAUCAGCUGUUAUCGGUAAUCGUGUGCAAUUUGCGGGCAAAUGUGGAAGGUUGGGACGAGUAUGAUCGAUUUCUGAUGCUCGGUUUCCCUCGUGGAUGAUACGUUCUGAAGUUCAAAGUGUUCGAAGGCAGCUGUGUCGAGAUCGCUGUUCCCACCGGUGACUUAGAUAGAUGGAGAUACCGGAGCUGAACCUGAGCGAAUGUGAGAGCAUUUUCGUCCGGGAUGAUUUCUACGAGAAUAUUCAAGCUCCCAAAUUUCAUGAUUUCUGUUCGAACGAGGAUCCGGUGUCCGAUGUUGACGCCUACUUCCGUCGGCUUGGAGGAAAGUCCCCGAGGCAGUCCGCAGAUCGUUUUGCUGACCAAAACGCGUCCAAACCGACGAAGGAGCCCACUGUUCUGAAACCCCCUGGACUGCCCAAGGCUCCACUGUCGUCCAUGACGCUGAAUUCGGACGCCACUUCUUCCGUGCCCAAGGCCAGGUCUCUGAGUGUUGUCUCGUUGCCUUCUCCUCUCCAAUUCGUAGCGAGUAGUUGCUUCUUUAGCUCGUUCUGUAUGUGUAGUGAUGACUUGUAGUCGUGUAGUUGUGGUGUGAGGUGACCGAGUUUUCUUGUUAUGAUCUUGCGAAUAUUUUGACCUUUGGUUGCAAUGUGUACACUUUAAGCGGGAGAAGUUAGUGUAAGCGGAAUCUGUAGGGCACAAAGUGUUUGGGCUCCUGCACACAGCACUGGGACAGUUGAUGAGCGUGGGAGGAGGGAGGAAAAUCCGAAGGAAGUCGGUCGGCAAUGAGGUAUUUCUAACUGUCAGUGUUCUGUACUCUUUCUGGCAGUGCUGCGGGGCUCAAGAAGGCAAAACCUGCAGUGCCAUUGUUGAACCCUCUAACAAAGAGUCAGGACAAGGCUUCAUCAAAGAACAAAAUAUACCAGCGAGUGAGCACCCUUUCUAAUGCUCCUGUGUCAUCCUCAUCCUCAGCAUCGGACGGCAAAGUUAGCGAUCCCGUGCUGGCGCCCUGCGCUGUUAAGUCGUUUCAGGCCUCAGAGAACACUGAUCCGAAUGGCCAUUCUCAACCUAGAAGGAAAGUUGGAAAUGUUGGUAGGUCGAACUCUGAGGAAUCUUCAGUUUCUACCGCCACAGAAGGUUCAGGUUCGGGUUCAGUCCGGGCGUCCAUUCAAACCACUAGUGACUCGAAGGAUGCGAUCGAUAGACUAGCACUGACGAAAUCUCAGAGUCAGAUUCCUAAGCCACCGAAGGCGAGGUCUGAGUCGACAACCAGAGGAGUUACUGAUCCGGCUGCCGUCGAGUUGCCUGAGCUGAAGGACCGUAAGCGCAAGCCAAUUCUUCGGCCUGCGGAGGCAGGAGCCUUGAAGGUGAGCGACUUGAAGAGCAGGGUGUCCAAGCAGCAGAGGAAGAGCUCCACAUUCUCGGACGGCGAUAGCUGUUCAGGGGUUUCGGAUCUCGGGUCGUCUUCUCACAAAGUUGCCAGAAUCGUAUGCAGCGACCCACCACCACCGUCCUCAAACACAGCAGCUGCCGAUAAGCGAGCAACUCGCCGCAGCAGUGAUAACGCCCGUCGUAGAAGAGCAUCAGGUGGACUCAGCCAAAGACACGGAAGGCGAGCGCUGCUGUCAGGUCCGAAGUCGAACCUAAAUCCAGCUCCAGAAUCCUCUCCUAAGGUCGAAGCUCAUGUAUCUCUGUCAUCACCCAUACAAUUUGGUUCCAACCACACGACUAAGCAGCUCCCGUCGACUGAAGAACAAACCGUGGUCACCAAUGUUGCCGUUCCCAAGGAUUCGUCGACAGCAGAGGUGUCAUUCGUUUCUGGCCCGAUCGUCCCUUCGACCAGCUGGAUCGAUGCCACAGAGAAACGCAGGUCGAACGACGAAGUUGGCGUACUAUCUUACUCCCAGGUACUGAGUAGGAAUGGAACCUCCACCCGCGACUCUGUCGAAGAAGCGCCAUGCAUGGCGGAGGAGACGAUGGGCGAUGUUUUGUUACAGAAAUUGCAAAGUUUACAGUUGCAGGCAGAGGAUUCCCCCAGGGCAGCGGAGGGGCAGCAACAGUCUUCUAGCGCGACGGGCGGACAGGAUGCAUCGAUGGAGGCCGAGGCCGAGGCUUGCAGCGGGGCUCAUGUCAACGUCCCUGCAAACGCUCAUGCCGAGGUCUUGCCAUCCGAUGAUUUGAAAUUAGCAGGAGCAGAUUCGCAUUUACGGAAGUCUCCGUGCCUUUCGGAGGUGAGAGUUGUCCCCCAUGAAGCAGACGAGGAACUGGAGACGAGCGACGGUGUUGAAGAUCUUGAUGUGCAUACGCCUGUAGAUGCAUCAAAAGCAGAUUCGUGCCAGGAUACUCGUUCUGCGGGGGACAUGGUGGUGGAGGUCGACCCAGAUGACGUCAUUGAGUCGCUGCAAAAUCUGCAACUCCAGCAUCGCGAGGUUUCUUCGUUUCAUGGAUUCGAAACAUCGGGAUGCCCGCCAGUUAGCGUGGGAGUUGCCCGUGGAGAGUCCUCUCUCGCUGUAAACAAUGGGCUAGACAAUAAUCUUUGUAUCUCAGCGGAGGACUCGGAGCCUUGUUUACAGGAUAUUCAUGCCGGGAUUCAUCCGACGGAACAAAAUGUAGCUUCUAGUUGUUCGCAGGGAAAGAAAACAGAGGAGGCCUUCAGAUCUCUAAAGCGAGUGCUCUCCAAGGGGCCGUCUAGGGAGUCGCACGACUCUGAACCUGGCCUCAGUAAUUCUAAGGGCGGCCACUUUUUCAUGGACAACCAACAAAAGCGGAGUAAUAAAAGGAAGAGCAUUGAGCUCGGUCCCCAUCGCACUGAGCAUAAGUUAGCUACAGCGAGCACUGCAGUACAUGCCGACGAGCAGCGCAAGGCCAAGGUUUCGUCGCAAUCCUCAAUAGCACCGAUAGCACCAAUCUCACACUCGCAACUAUCUACUUCUGCUUCAAGAGUAGCAGCAUCGUCCAGCAUUUCCGCACAGCACAAGAAGAUGAAGACAACAUGUCCGCAACCAUUCCGACUCAGAACUGAGGAAAGAGGAGCUUUGAAGGAAGUUGAGUUUAACAAAAAAAUAGAGCUAUAUUUGUCAGCCAAGGAGAAAAUGCAAAACGCUACCUUCCAGUUCACAACCAGCAAGGAUGUCCGGAGCACGGUGAAGCCUCCAAGAGUACCGUGUAAGGAUACAAAAACGUCGGUGAAGCAAGUUCAGCAGCACACUCAGGCCCGAGCAGCGGAACGUGCCCUGUUUAACAUGCAGGUGACUGAGAAAUCGAUUCGGACAGAUGAGGAAAGGCAAGAAAAAGAAAAGCGAAUGCAGGAUGCAGACGAAGAGAUCAAAAGAAUGAGAAAGCAGAUGGUGCCACAUGCACAGAAGAUGCCCUUUUUCGACAGACCUUUCAAGCCUCACCGGUCCACGAAGACACUCACAGUACCUAGUUCGCCUAAAUUUCACUUGAAGGCAAAGAAGACCUGUGCGCGUACUGGUACUCAAGAAUGAAACGCGUGCUCUUAGCUCUAAUUCAUAACAACAUCAGUAUUGACAGAUAUGACGGGUAAUCUGUUGGGGUUUUUUCCGAGCCUUGAGCUCUCUUGUAACUGAAACAGACUUGUAUACACAUUUUGUACAUAGCAUUGCAAUCACUGCAGGUAGUAGACCAGAUGAGAAAAUUUUCUCUCGAAAAUGCGCUGGUUGCACCGUGAGGAGCUGGUAGUUACAAUUUUUCCCACAACGAACAAAUUGGAGUUGGUUGUCGCAUUGUCUUACAUGGCUCAGAGGAGAGAUUUAGGAGUUAGAUUAGAGCAGACAGCUGUUGAAUAUGAACAGGCUAUGUCGUAUUGGACUAUACCAUGUUCUUACGAUUAGUUUGGGUUAAUAGCAUCUCCGCCCUGUUGCGUGAGUCCUUGCAAGCUCAGGCUUUCAGAUGGGAAAAAUAAGAAAUUUACUCGCCCUUC